AUGCAGGGGUGGGAGGAAGCCCGCCCCCAUGGAUCAGCAUCAACAUGCACCCUGGAAAUAAACCCGGCCGCUCUCGUGACAGGGCGGGGCACGGCAGCCAUUCCUGCCCUCCUCACCCACCCCUUGUGCCUUGCCAUGCCCACCCCACAAGCAAGCUGUCCCCCGCUCCACCAACCCCGCUCCCGCCUGCGCCUCAGAACCUCUUUCCCCUCCCCACUCAGAUCAUGA